AUGGCCGGACAACAUGAAGCUGCCAUUCUCCUCCAGAAGGGUGGACCCUUGUCCCUUGGAAAACGCCCAACCCCAGAGCCUGGUCCGAACGAUGUCCUUAUCGAAGUCAAAGCCGUUGCCUUGAACCCCUGCGAUUAUUUUCAGCGCGACUACGGGAUGCCUCCUGUACCUAUCUACCCCGCUGUCAUCGGACAAGAUGUUGCUGGUAUUGUCGCUAAGCUAGGCUCGAAUGUCACCACGGUCCCUAGUCCAGGAAGCCGGGUUCUUGCCUUUGCCUCGUCAUUCUACCAGAACGGCUCCCCCGACCAUGGCGCAUUCCAAAAAUAUACUUUGGCACAAUCUGAAGCUGUCAUUCCACUUCCAGAUAAUCUCUCCUUUGAGCAAGGCGCACUUUUCCCUUUAGCUGUCUUGACUGCCUUGACAGCCUGGACCUCAAUCGGAAUUCCGCUCGACACCAAAUAUAUCCCCGCAAACAAACAAGCAGUCCUGAUCUGGGGUGCAUCAAGCAGUGUAGGCACGUUUGCUGUUCAGUUUGCCAAGAUACUCGGCUUCACUGUCUACGCUACCGCCAGUGUCAAGCACCAUGAUCUUGUCAAGAAGCUCGGAGCCCAUGCGACUUUUGAUUAUAAGGCAAGCGACGUUGUCUCCCAGAUAGUGAAUGCUGUGAAGAGGGAUGGCGUCAAGCUGCACACAGCGCACUGCGUUGUUGAUGGAGCUCUGCAGCCGACACUGGAUAUCCUCAAGGAGACCAAGGGUGAUGCACACGCUAGGGUUGCACACUCGCCGCUUCUCCCAGAAGGUCAUCCUACCCUUGAAAAUACACUGAUCGCUUUCAACUCCCCAUCUAUGGAUGAAGCGUUGAGGAGCAAGCACAUCAAAGAGGUCUUCCAUGGGUGGCUGAAGACCUGUCUGCAGUCUGGAGAAGUAAUUCCUAGCCCCAAUAUACAGGUUGAGGGUGGCGGUCUGGGUGGAGUAAAUGCGGCACUGGACAAACUCAGAGAUGGUGUCAGUGGCACUAAGAUUGUUGUACUGGUGUAA